CUUGCUUUAAAGGACUACAUUCUCUACUGGGCUUCUGUUAAUAUAACCGUAUUGACGGCGUAUCUUCGAGGUCAAAAUGUCUUUCAGUGGAGUACUGAAGAACACCAGUGAAAACUUGGAAAUAUAUACGGAAUUGAAUUAUUUGUGGGUUCGAACAGGCUUUCCUCUAGCGUUCGCUGUUACAGUUGCAAACUCCAUCGCACUUUCAGUUUUCCUAAAGAAGACAUUUCUUGUCAAGAAGUCCAGUUACCUUCUGGUGAACUUGACCAUCGCAGAUUUACUCGUUGGAAUUUCUGGCAUUGUCCAUGGUGCUCUCUUAAUUUUCUGUUCUGAACCAGAUAUCUUAACUUUAAGUGGCGUAACUGAAAUGUGUUCUAUUGCAUCCAUUUUUUCUCUGGCUCUUAUAUCUCUUGAAAGAUUGGUUGCAGUUUUCUGGCCAUUUCAUCAUCGAAUCGCUAAGUCAGCCCAUUAUUUCCUAGUCAUAGCAGUCGUGUGGUUUCUUACAGUUUGUCAAACGAUGCCUAUCAUUGUCAUGCAGCAGCAUUUCCUCCAAUCUUUUGAUUCCAAACAAUUUUUUCCCUAUUUGCGUUGGAUAACACUUCUUCCCGCGGCGUCACUUGCCACAAUUGUCUUCUCAUAUCUCUCUAUUUGGGUUAAACUGAAAUUCUUCACCAAGUUUCGUCACUGCAGAACAAUCCAAGAGAACAGCAAACUAACCAAAACACUCUUCAUAGUGACUGUCGUUUCACUGGCCACUUGGUUGCCAAAGAAUAUAGCAGAUAGUAUAUAUAUUAUAAAUAUACACGAAACUUUGUUUAUUUAUAAAGACGCAGGUCUUUUUGUAGCCUUAUUUUUCCUGCUUCUCAUGAACUCUCUCUUGAAUAUAAUUGUAUAUUCGUUCAGAAUGCCUGAAUUCAGAAAAGAACUAAAGGAUAUGUUUUGUAAAUGUAGCUCAUGGUAAAGGAAAGCGCCAGGGACAGUACAAGGUGAAGAAAAUGGUUUGCAUUAAAUUUAAAAUAAAUAAAUAAAAAAGGUUUUAAA